UUGUAGAUAACAAAGCCAUUUAGAUACAAGUAUCAAGGCAUAUCCCUGCACAAGAACUAUAUUAGGAUGCCCCCAGCUUUAGCAUGGACAGACAAGAAAUAAGAGGACAAGAGGAGCUGCCCCUUUUUGUGUGAUCUGUGCAAAGUCAGAGGCAAGCACAGUCCAUGCAUUGGGGAAGGCUGGGGCAGGUUCCCUUGCACACGAAGCUGUGGAAACCUCCCUGAAGAAGGCAGAGCAAUGAAAUAUCAAGAUCAUUGCAAGAAAUGUUGACUCUUACUAUUUAUCUGCUGGUCAUCUUGGCUCAAGCUCUUGCGGGGCCUUGCAGUCCAAAUAAAGCAGAUGUAAUUCUGGUAUACUGCUAUCCUAAAACCAUCAUUACCAAAAUUCCGGAGUGUCCUUACGGAUGGGAGGUUAAUCAGCUCGCACUUGGAGGCAUUUGCUACAAUGGAAUCCACGAUUCAGGGUAUUACCAAUUCACAAUCCCAGACUUGUCACCUAAAAACAAAUCAUACUGUGGGACACAGUCAGAGUUCAAGAAUCCUGUUUAUCACUUCUACAACUCCAUCAUCUCCAAUGACUCCUCAAUAAUUGUGAAGAGCCAGCCUGUGAAUUACUCAUUCACCUGCACAUACAACGCCAACUACCUGGUCAACCAGGCUGCCUUUGACCAAAGGGUGGCCACCAUCCAUGUGAAGAAUGGGAGCUCCGGCUCGUUUGAAAGUCAGUUGUCCCUCAACUUCUACUCUAAUGCCAAGUUUUCAAGUAUAAAAGAAGCCCCUUUCAUCGUUGAAACAUCAGAAAUUGGUUCUGACAUAUUUUCUGGAGUGGAAGCUAAGGGAUUAAGUGACAGGUUCAAAGUGGUUCUCAACAACUGCUGGGCAACUCCCUCCUCAGAGUAUUUCUACCAGAUCCAUUGGCCUCUGAUCACCAAGGGGUGUGCCACAGACAGCUCCAUACUGGUGCAUGAGAAUGGGAAAACGAGCCGAGCAACAUUCCAGUUCAAUGCUUUCCGCUUCCGUAACAUCCCCAAGCUGUCCAAGGUCUGGCUGCACUGCGAGACACACAUCUGUGACAGUGAGAAGUUCUCCUGCCCGGUGACAUGCGACAAACGAAAGCAGCGCAUGGAACAGACCGGAGGUGUUUUAAUGGCGGAGAUCACUGUACGCAGAUACGCUUUAUCCAGUGCCCUUUCUGACAGGAAUAAGUUCCCAGUGCUGCGGAGAAAAACAUAAACUGGGGCUGCACUCAGCCAUACCAGGUCCCAGAUUAUGUCCGUCACAUGCAGGGAGGACAGAGUUGAUGGGUGCAGUCACCCUGCUUGCUCUCAACAUACAGCUCACAAACCUGCCUCACAGAAACUUUUUAAUAGGUAUCUGUGGGUCAGAACCCAGGAAGUCCUUGUUUUGACUUACCUCUAAAAGCAAAUGGUUUAUCCACGAAAACUGGGGUUUCUUUUGUU